CAAAGAUUGUGUUUGAAUUAGAUGAGUCACUCGCCUUGGUUUCUUAACGGGUGAAACCAGAGACCUCAUAGGUGAAACCCACACAAUUUAACUUUCGGGGAACCCGGAAGUAUCAACAGAGUGAGACGUCAUUAUUUUUUAUUUUUUCUUCGAACCGAGGGUCCUUUCCGCUCUGCAGGAAUUCCUUGUGCACUGUAUGGACUCUAAACACUGGGCGAAGGUCUGUUAACGACAGGUCGCAACGUUUCUGGUCAAGAAUGAGACUCCCCUACCGCUGAGCUCAAGAUGAGAGAGUGGUGGUUUAAUGUGGGUUUGAUCUAUCUCCUGCUGGUGGCCGUGUACCUGAACAUCCCGCCCCCUCAGCUGUCACCUGCCCUGCAAAAGUGGCAUAGUGCCGGGGAGGUGUUCCAUUUCAGGGGCAGGGAGAUCUUCUACAGAGAUUCCUACGGGGCUUUGGGAAGCUCCGAUGUGGUCAUUCUGCUCCAUGGCUUCCCCACCUCCAGCUUUGACUGGAACAAGAUUUGGGAGCCACUCACACAGCGCUUCCAUCGAGUCAUUGCACUGGACUUCUUGGGCUUUGGCUUCAGUGACAAGCCUCGACCCCACAGGUACUCCAUCUUUGAGCAGGCCAGUGUGGUGGAGGCCCUGGUGGCUCACCUGGGUCUGAGCAACCAACGAGUGAAUCUGGUGUCCCAUGACUAUGGAGACACUGUGGCCCUGGAGCUGCUCUUCAGGACUGACCAAAACCGCACAGGACACCUCAUCAUUAACAGCCUUUGUCUUUCCAAUGGAGGAUUAUUCCCAGAAACACAUUACCCGCGUUUUCUGCAGGAGCUUCUGAAGGACUCUAGUUUUCUGGCUCCAGUACUGACCCGUAUCACCAACUAUAGGAUCUUCCAAAAAGGGAUUGGAGCCGUGUUUGGCCCGUACACGCAGCCCACAGACGCUGAGUUCUGGGACAUGUGGACGGGUUUACGCUACAACGACGGCAACUUAGUAAUGGACAGUAUUCUGCAAUAUAUCAACCAGAGAAUAAAACACAGAGAGCGAUGGGUGGGUGUGCUCACUUCCACCUUUGUCCCACUGCACAUGAUCUACGGACCCCUGGACCCCGUCAACCCUUAUCCUCAGUUCAUCUGUCUUUACCAGCAACUGGUCCAGAGGUCGACGGUCACCAUUUUGGAUAAACACAUCAGUCACUAUCCUCAGCUGGAAGAUCCCACUGGCUUCCUCAAUGCAUAUUUCAACUUUAUUUACUCUUUCUAAAGGGAUACCAAAUGCAAGAACCAAUGUUCAUGAAUUAUUUAAGACCCUUAACAAGCGAUUUGGUACAUAAGCAACACUUUGAGGUGAUAAACAGCCACGUGUGGUGCAAUGACUUUCUCUGAUGAAUAUAACCAGGAGUAAUACUGUCAGUUUGAGAUUUAUUCACGAGUGAUGCGCUAAUCUACCAGCAUCAAACCCUAAAAUAUCAACUACUACCCUGGAAGACAUCUAAUUUGAGCUAGAAACAUUAUUCAUUGUAGUUAAUGCAACAACUAAAUCACUAAUCUGAUGGUUACACUUCUAGUUUAUUCCCCUCUUUCAACAGGAUAGGGAAAGUUAUAGAAUGUGCUAUUAUUGACCUUAUCUGAGGGACAUUGUUCUGAUUCUCGCCAUUUUCUGUUGCUCUUUUGAGUCCUGCAAUCAGCUGCCCUCUAAAUGUAUUUUGAUGAUUUUCUACAGUUUUCUUGAUGUCAAUGAAAAACCUCAAUGUCAACUUUUCUUCAAAUAAAACUAGUUUUGUAU